AUGUCGCGAGCUUCGUGGAGUAGCACCGGCUCUGACGCCGAAGUACAACAUCAUUUCGAUCAACCCUUCAACUAUGAGCCGCGUCUCGAUCUCAAUCCACAACCCACUCGAGGCAGACGGCACGGAAGUGAGGACGCCGACAAGGCUGAUUCCGACCAAGUGGUCGACGAUUCUCGUUCUACUGCCGACUCGGACGCAGCUUCAAUUGCAUUUUCAGACAGCUUUCAGGCUGCUCUCGAAGAGCCAGUCAAUGAAACCUUCGAUCAACCCACAAGUCGGCCGCUUCACUUUCUUGACGAUAGCGAAGAUCAAACAAAUCAAGCCAUCUGUCGCAUCUGCCUUGAGUCUGCGUCAAGCGAUGUAUCCGGUGGCGAGUCUUUGGGUCGUCUCCUCUCGCCCUGCAGAUGUAAAGGCACCAUGAAGUACGUACAUGCCACCUGCUUGGAUCAGUGGAGGGCAGCGUCCGCUCGAUCCUCGUCCGCAGUGGCAUGUGACCAAUGUGGUGCUCCAUACCGCUUUCGCAAGUCCAAAUUUGUCGGUCUCGCCACGUCACCCACCCUCCUCUUCGUCGUCAGUCUUGUUCUCUUUCUCGUGCUCAUCUGGACCGUGGGCGUGGCUGCUACUUUUUUCAUGGACAUAUAUGAGCGACCUUCCUCUGACAGCACAUCUGCGACUCAACAUAAGCUCAAAUCCAAGAGCUGGUGGCCAUGGCGAGCCUCUGACGUGAUUCGCGAUCCCGAAUCUGCCUCCGUCGAAGCAGAUGCGUGGUCUUACCUUGAUGUUGAUUACACUCCUGGGCUAUGGGGUUACAGCAGUCUGAUGUAUGAGCCUGCGGCAUACGUCAAGCUCAUCAAGCAAGCAGUGCGCUCAUUUGCCACCGGCGAGGCCGUAGAAGCAGUCAAGGAAGCUGUGGGCUUGCAGGAUGGCUUGGAAGAACCACCGACUGUUCGGGAAGAUGCAAACGAAGAGCGAGGCUUCUGGUCGGCUCUAAAGCACGAAUGGAUGUAUGGAGACGGCGGUUUGUGGGAAAAGAGGGCGUCUCCUCCCUCCCAACAGACCCCGACGGUUCAGCCUGAAUCGACAUCUAGCUGCAUCAUCGCCGAAGCUCAAAGCACGCCUCCACCAAAAGCGAAACCGCGGGAAAAGUAUGAUGCAAGAGCUGCAGCCGACUACGACGAUUCGAGGGAACAAAGGCGUCGCCGUAACAAAGCGACCAAAGCAGCUCGCCCAUCGAAAUUGGGUCAAGUUGAGCCGCAAGGAUGGCUGAACAAGCUGCUGAUACAAUUCUCGGUCGGCUUUUCUCUGGUUGGCAUUCUCUCUUUCGUCAACCUCCUCGUCGGAGCAUCCUUCAUCGGCCCAAUCAACCUGCACAACUUUGGACUUGGCCGGUCGUUUGCACGCAUGACUUCGGGCGGGCGCGGACGCAAUGGCAACCAGGAAGGUGUCAACAUUGCCUCGAUUCUCCUUGUCCUGCUGGUCAUUAUUGGUGUGGUACGCGCACUGCACGUGGUCUACAAGCUUGUCCGUAAGGCAGCCAGAAGAGGACUAAGCAGGCUCGAGGCUGUGAUCGUAGAUUGGCAGUACGAAGAUGAUGCCGAUGUCGCCCCGAGCCAUGUCGUUACCGCUACGCACGAUGCUCGGGAUCACGAACCGCAGCUUGUGCGGCAAAGACACGCUUUUGGUCUCGUCGACGAUGAUUGA